GAGAGAAGUUAUUGCACGACCUUUCGAAGAUAAACCCUCGCCAGGCCACCGGAUGUCGGAGCUUUUCUCUCCUUUCUAUACCUGGUUCCCAUCGGAUCAGGUAAAAGAAUACUCGUGCUCCUGCUCUUUCAUCUAAUUUGUUCAAUCUCUGCAAUAAUCAAUCCAUCUGUGAUUGAAAUCUACGCAUUCGGUUUUGAUUGCCUGCCUUGGAGUCGAGAUCUGUCCAGAUUUCAGGAGAAGCUAUGAUCUGGUUAUCCUUCAAUAGGGAUUGCUGAAAUAGGUUUCGCAAAUCCAGGCUUGAACAGCUUAAAUGAUUCUGAUAUUGUCCUUUUGACUUCUUUCCUCCUGUGAAAAUCGGUUCCUUUUUUGUUUGAUUCUUGUCUGCUAAAGAUUAUACUACAAGUUUUUUGUUUUCUUUCAAUUUGUUGCAUUUAUUGAUAAGUACUGAUGGGGAAGAAGAUGAAUAAGAAGGCUCCAAACCCUCGUAAAGCUCAGAACCGGAUUUCUGUGGGAUCCCCAAAAUCGGUUCUUGAUGAGUCUGGCGGUGACGGGGAUAAAGAUAAGAAGGUUUGCAAUCACUACAGUAAAAGUACGGCUGAGCUGAGUCGGAUUCUAAUUAAAAUCCGAUCUUCUUCAAUGGAUGCUGUGGCCUGUGAGCAUUGCAGAGACGAUCCAGUUAACAGGAGAGGGGGGAAUGAAAAAGGUAAGCAGUCUAAGAGGAAAGGUGCGGGAAGAAGUGCUGCUGAGGCAAAAUCAGAGCGAAAUUUCAUGUGGGUUUGCUUGGAUUGUGGCCGGUAUUUCUGCGGGGGUGGAGUGAGUAUUUUGGAGCCUUACGGCCAUGCCCGGCGACACGCAAAGCAAGACCAUCACCAGUGGGCAGUUCGAGCUGAUGAUCCAAUUAUCAGUUGGUGCUAUGCUUGUUCUUUUUCGGUGCCUAUUGAGAUGCCAGAGGAUUUAAAGAAUGAUGGGAAUGAGAUAACGAAUAAUGAUAGGAGUUCGAGUUUGAGAGGUAUUGCAUUUGAGCCUUUCGAUUCGGAGAAAUUGAAGGGUCACAAAGUUAGAGGCCUUUCGAAUUUGGGGAACACUUGUUUCUUUAACGCUGUCAUGCAGAAUCUCUUUGCUAUGGAUCUUUUGCGAGACAAUUUAUUGGGUUUGGAUAGGCCUCUUGGUCCUCUUUCUGUGGUACUUAGGAAUCUUUUCACAGAAACAAGUAGAGGAGCAGAUUCUAAGGGUGUUAUAAACCCUAAAGCUCUUUUUGGUUGUAUAUGUGCGAAGGCAUCGCAGUUCAGGGGGUACCAGCAGCAAGACAGCCAUGAAUUGCUCCGUCACCUGCUUGAUGGAUUACAUGUGGAGGAAACAAAUGCAAGGAAAUCAUCAGAGUUUGAUGAUGAUGAGAAGAUCAGUACGAAAACAAAAGCUAGUUUAGUCGAUGCCAUCUUUUGUGGUCAGCUAUCAAGCACUGUUUCGUGCAUGGAAUGCCGGAAUACAUCAGUUGUGACUGAGCCUUUUCUGGACCUUUCAUUGCCAGUUCCUUCAAAGAAACAUCCACCAAAAAAGGUUCCACCUCUUCCUCCAAAGAGAGCUAACCAAAGGGAUAAAAACAAAGCGCAGCAGUCUCUAGACAGGGGUGUUCCUCAGAUGUCUACCAUGAGUGUGAAUCAGAAUUCAGAAAGCAAUGAACAAUCCUCAGAAUGCAGUGAAUCAGGAGUAGCUGUUCCACUGCCAACACAUGCUGAUGCUGCAGAAGCACAGGACCUUGCAUGGAUGGAUUAUCUUGUAGCAGAGUCACCAAAUUGCAGUGGUUUCAAUGCUCAUGACUUGGAAGCUUCUAUUGCGCAUAGUACUUAUACCAAGCAGGAAAAUGAGACUGCUACCAAUGUACAAUCUGUUUCCGAAUUGCGUAAUGGGACUGGGAACAUUGUGCAAUCUGUUUCUGAUUUGCAUACUGCUAGCUGUUCUAAUGAUUUGACAGUGUCUUUAGAUGCUUUUGUUGAGAGAUCUUCUAAUGAUGAAGUCCCCCAUUCUUGCGCUCCAGCUACUGAAGUAAUAUUACUUCCCUAUAAGGACCAGGACCAGGAUUUGGCUGACCUGGAUAUGAAUGAUAGAACAUCCUAUUCUCAGGAUUCAGUAAAUGUAAAUACUAUAGAUGUCUCUAUUAGUGAGUCUUGUGAUGCUAACUCUAGUUGCAAACAAGCAGAUGAAGAAUUUGAUGGUUUUGGUGAUCUAUUUAAUGAGCCUGAGUCUACUUCUCAUUUAAAUGCAGAAAACAAUGCGGGAGAAGAUAUGGACAUAACUUUGUUGAAUGGUAACAUCAGUGAAUCAAAUCUGGAAGAGGUUGAUGAUACGGAUGUUCCCGUAUCAAUUAAUAGCUGCCUCACCUUAUUUACUAAGCCCGAGCUUCUGUCUGAUGAACAAGGAUGGUAUUGUGAGCGUUGCUCUGAGAUGCUGCAAGAGAAUAGGGAACCUGGAACAAGCAAACUGCAAGCUGCUGAAGUUUCUGAUCUGUCUGUGAAUCUGACGUCAAUGUUGGAUGAAGAUGAAGUCAUAAGUAACAAGUUUGAUUCCAACUCCCAUGGGUAUGUUGCCAAUGUCAAAGUUUUAGAUAAUGGAAAGCUGGUGUCUUCAUCCAAAACUUUAGCCAUUCAGUUUGAAGAACGAUUUGACCAAUGUGAGGAAAUAAGUUGCUCCCAGAAACAAAUCGGUCAAGGAGGAUCACAGAGUAGUGGAGAGAUCAGCAGCAAUAAAACCAUACAUCUAACAAAGACCACUCCUUGCUCCAGUAUGGCUUGUUGGCCAGAUGAUCUUGAUAAAGACAUGUCAGAUUCAGAGACUUCUGAAUUAUUUUCUACUACAAUCUGUGUAGAUGGUUCUAGCAAUCAAGAGAGUAGUUUCCAUGGCAUAAAUGAUCGAAGUUAUGUUGAAAAUGAUGGAAAAAAACCAAAAGUUGCCUUUCAUAGUUCUCAGUCUCAGACAGAUAUAUUACUACACAAAUCAAACAUUGACAGAUCCCAAGAAGUUAGCCGAGUGAGGAAGAAAGGUUUGAAGUCUGGUAAAGCUCUUCCAGAGGAAAGGGGCGAGGGAGUCAAGAUGGUCAAGAGGGAUGCAACAAAAAGGAUCCUAAUUGACAGAGUUCCACCUAUCCUAACAAUCCAUUUGAAGCGAUUUGGUCAGGAUGCUCGUGGCCGCUUAACUAAAUUGAGUGGUCAUGUUCACUUCCAGGAGACACUUGAUAUGAGGUCUUAUAUGGAUCCAAGGUGCAUCGAGGAUCGAACCUCCUACCGUCUCAUCGGGGUGGUGGAGCAUUCCGGGAGCAUGAGCAGAGGCCACUAUGUCGCUUACGUGCGUGGCGACGGAAGAGGGAGCAGCAGAACCUCAAGUGGUAGCAGCAGCAGUACAGGGCAAGCCUGGUUUUAUGCCAGUGAUGCUUAUGUGAGGGAGGUUUCCAUAGCUGAAGUGCUUCAGUCCGAAGCAUACAUUCUAUUUUAUGAGAAAGUGUGAUGUUGGAGUUCAGCUCAGCUUUUUCUUUGACCAGUCUUAGCUGUUAAUGGCAGAAGAGAGGGGGAGAGAGAGCUUCCUGCAGAUUGAUGGGAAUAACUUCACACUCGUUGGCCAUUUUUUGAAAUUAUUAAGAGCCUUUUGUUCUAACCGUUGGGGUAGUUGGGUGAGUGUGGAGCCCUUAAAGCAGGGGGCCAAUUGUUUAAUCUCUUAUGUAUCUUGUAAUUUUUGUAGCAGCUGCUUGAGGAAUAAUUCAUUUUGAAAUGAGCAUAAGAGAUAUGUUUCUUCUUCUUAUUCUUUUUCAUUGGAAAAAAGUAUUGAAUUAUUGGCAUUUUGAAAGCCUUAAACUUAUUUUGAUAUAGG